AUGGCAUCCGUGACAGAGAGGGAGAAGCGUCCAUCCAUGUACAUGGGUAAGAUAGUCUUGCUAGCUACAUCUUCAGAUAUUAUAUGUUUCUAAUUUAGUCAGAAAGUCGUUUUUCAUUUCAAGUUAAAGCGUACUGUUAGCUAUCUAGCUAACAUUCGCUGGCUGGCUCGCUCGCUCGCUAGCUAACGUUACGUGUAUGAUCUGUGUAGUAAUAUUAUUCGUAUCUCAGAGCCAUUUGCAUUGCUAGUUCUAGCCUAAUGUUAGCUAGCUAGCUAACAUUGAACCUGGUUGGUUAGCUUCCUGCAGAUGAAUUCAGGGUAGUAACAUUAUCAUUGUUUAGCUAGCUAGCUACGUGUCUAAACAAAAGACUCCACUAUGCAAGUAACCAUUUCACUACACCUUCUGUAUCCUGUGCAUUUGAGAAAUCAACUUUUUGAUUUUAUUUGAUAUAGUAUGUGUUUACCAGAGACGAUAAUGUGAAGAACAUGACCUGCACCAAAGUCAAAUUAGGAUAUAAUGUUAGGCCAACGAGACAGUGUCCAAGUUCUAAAAUUCUCAGGUAGAAUGCCCUGCUUUUAUUUCAUCACACUCACAACCGUAAGCUAUUUUCUGUAAUUGGCUCUUCAUUAACUUGUAAAUAAUGAUCUUGUUGUGAGUUUAUUUUCCUGUAAUAAUGAAGACAAAUGAGCUAAAGUGAAGACGUUGUCAGCUAUAUGAUAUGGUCAUUAUUUUAACUGGCUAGCCAGCUAACUUAACAUUAGCUAGCUCGCUAACAAGCUAGAAAUGAACCAAAAGGACAUUUAGAAAGUUUCUUUUAGUUGCCUGGUUUGCUAGAUUGACAUAUACUAAAUUCAUUUUUAAACAGGUGGGUUUAUUGGUGUUAAAAUACACUAGUUAUGCUAUUUUGGACCACCAGGCUGAUGUCAUGCAGCCUGGAGUUUUGGUGUUAAUUAUUUUUCAUAAUAAUAUAAUAUGCCAUUUAGCAGACGCUUUUAUCCAAAGCGACUUACAGUCAUGCUUGCAUACAUUUUUGUGUAUGGGUGGUCCCGGGGAUCGAACCCACUACCUUGGCGUUACAAGCGCCGUGCUCUACCAGCUGAGCUACAGAGGACCAUAAUGACAACUACAAGUUUGAUGUUGGAUGACAAUAGAAUGUUCAUGAUGUCACUGCGACAACUGUUGAUAGACGUAGUAUAAACCAGCCUUUAGUCUUGAAAUCUUUGGUUGUUUAGUACAUUGCCUCACAUGUGAAUCCUUAAAGAGAUGGGUGGGGCUAAGGCAUAAGAGGGUGUGAACGAUGCUGAAUGGGUGUAGACAAAAAAGAGCUCUCCGGUAGGUUUACCAAAACAUUCAAGGGCCAUUUUCUCAAAAGUGAGGUUACAGGGCCUCUCAAGUGGCACAGCGGUCUAAGGCACUGCAUCACAGUGCUUGAGGCGUCACUACAUACUCAACCUGAAUUAACAUUUAUUUGCACUUUGCUAGUAAAAACAAAAGACAGGAAAACACACCCAGAUUCUAAUCUAAUCAACUCAAUUUAGAAUAUAGCAGCACGCCCGUGUCGCUCCCUCUUUGAACUAUCAGCCGUCCGACGAACAGAAUAACACAGUUUGCCUGUAACAAUAAAUCCAUAGCACGUACAGUACAAUAAAACAUAUAAAAAUUAAUAACUCUUUAUGAACUCUUGAAACAAUCCAAACAUGACAAUUUAACAUUCAUUUAGUCAAUUUCACGUUUUCAUCUGUGUUCACACCUCCAAUGGUCUCCGUACCCGCAGGGUUCUGUAGGAACGUCCCUCCCUGGAGAAAUCCACAGAUAAGGUGUGUUUAAACCCUGUGAUAGCCCACAGAUGGUCAGCCAUUCAAACAAUGUCAUAAACCAUGAUUGAGUCUUCACGCUGGGCCUCUGCACCUGCAAGUCGUUAGUCGCGAGUAUCACCUUCUCUCAUUCUUCCACUAUAGUUUCUAUCUUAUUAUACAGUCCUGAUAAGACUGGCACAAACUCCUUGAGGAAUUAAGGCUGUUCUAUAGUGGACACUAUAUUUUUUAAACAUCCCUUUGUGGACGGGCCCUACAGACCCAGACUGUUGAUUUUGUUUAAUCCUAUUCUCACUCAAAUCAAGCAAUUGUCCAGCUGCUUAUAUUCCCUCCCCUGUAGUCCAGGAACAAUUACACAUUUUAGUUCCUGCUGCCACAGAAACAAAGCCCAGCUUACGUAAGCCCAACUUGAGUUCGGCCCACAGCAGCUGUGAGUGAAAAUGCAGCAAGCGUAUCUCAAGGGAGGCAGAUCAUUUGACAGAGGCUGUUGUUGUGAGCAUGUCACAUGGGUCAUGACAAUGCUGAAUAAUAGACCAAUGCUUUUUGUAUAAUGACUAGCGAGACGUUUUACUAUGAAUGCUAUUCGUAAACAGACAGUCUCAAGUUAACUUCCCCACCAUCUUUUUCUUUAUCUAUAGGUUGUUCAGCCAUUGGUGAAGGGAAGCCAUACUUCAUUUCUAGGAAUUUCAACACUGUGCUCCACUGGAACAAGGUCGACAGCCCAGAUGAAGGGGUCCUUUACAGUGUCCAGUACAAAAGGUGAGAGACAGGAAUACAGCUGUCACCUAUUCACCUUUCAACCCAACAACAUAUUUAUGUGCCUAGGGUGACCUAGGGUGAUAUGUGACUUAUAUCAACAACACUUUAAAGCUGUGUGCUGAAAGUCGGAACUAUGCCUCCGGGAAGAGACUGUGUGUGCGUGUUUAAGUUAAGUUAAAGUGCCAUUUUCAUUCUCUCCAUGCUCCUUUUCAGCAUCGUUGUCCCCAUCGUUGUCCCCAUCGUUGUCCCCAUUGUUGACCCCAUCGUUGACCCCAUCGUUGUCCCCAUCGUUGUCCCCAUCGUUGUCCCCAUCGUUGUCCCCAUCGUUGUCCCUAUCGUUGUCCCCAUCGUUGUCCCCAUCAUUGUCACUAUUGUUGUCCCCAUCGUUGUCCCCAUCAUUGUCCCUAUUGUUGUCCCCAUUGUUGUCCCCAUUGUUGUCCCCAUUGUUGUCCCCAUUGUUGUCCCCAUUGUUUCGGAUAUGGUGGGUUGCUCUGUCAAUUUGCAGCUCCACCUACUGCCAUCAGCCCUGAAACCGUGGUGCUACUAUACUUCUCCAUGCUGCAGGUUGAGCUCCACUGGCUGGGGCAAGCCUUAGCAGACAGGCUCUGGUCUGUUCAUUACCACAGGCCUCACUCUGUUUCCCUGCACACCACAGGGAUAAAUCUGUGAAAUAAAUUGCCUGUAAAAAUGUGCUAUUCAACUUUACAAACGGCACUCAGUACACCUGUGGCUAUGUGAGGCAAAUGUUUUCGUCUCACUCACUUUGUCUCACUGCCUCUUUGAAUUCCUUUUACAAAGUGGAAAUGUCAGCUCAUCUAAUUGCUCAUGAUAUAGUCUGAUGGGAAAAUGCCAAGUGCCACACCAAUCGCAUUGAUUUGUCUCACCGAGACUGUCACCUGGAAUUGCUUGCAUGUCCUUAUUCAAGGCCUCAGAGCUCCACCAUCAAAUCAGUUCAGAAAAAGAUUGGCCCUGAUCAUCCCCACUUAAUAUCGGUUCCCUGUUUGACACACUAUCCUUUUGUUAUUUUUAUAUGAGGAAGUAAGAGGUUAAAUAACACCUAUUUCAAAACUCUGUUGUACUAUUUGUGGUCUAGCAGCUGGGCUACUGCACACACACCCUGAAAGGCAAUACAUUUACAGCAUUUGAUAUGUCAUGAUAAAGGCUCAUACAUACUUAUAACAACUUAAAAAGCAUUGUACCUGAAGGCUUCAAGUAAAGUGUUACUCAAUAUUUUUUCAAAGUGCAACAUUACAUUUGGACUAAAGGUUCCCUACAUAAUGUGUUUUAUGUUUGUUCAUGUUUUUUGUGUGUUCAUUAUAGAUACGGAGAGCCAUACAAGCUGAAGAUUGAGUGCCAGAACAUCACUACUCUUUCUUGUGACCUCACUGCAGAGACACCAUACAUCUAUCAAAAUUCCUACUAUGCUCAGGUUUUCGGCAACAGUCACUCGCUAGGCCGUACAGCAAUGUUUAAACCUCUGAGAGACAGUAAGCAAUUUUAUCUCAUUAUCAUACUUUUUCUAGAUUAGGAUGUUUUUUGAGUAUGUGUUGGCUCAGAGGGCAGAAUCCUUACUUGUAAUAUAUACACAUAGCUCCAACUGUCUGUUCAUAUUCCAUAAUGACAUCAAUGUAUGAUUUCCAUAAAAGCUAAUGUUAUUCACCAAUUCUUCCAGUUAGCAUUUGGCCCAUACUAAAAGGCUUUAUCCUCUUUUCUACAGUUUGUCACUAAUUUGUUAUUUUCCUUAUUCUUAUUCUCACCCUUUCUUUGUCUUUUACAUGUCAGCUGUCCUUGGGCCACCCAAUUUGUCUGUGACCCCCACAACAUUAUCUUUAAAAGUGACAGUUACUCUACCGUUGGGACCGGAUAAUAAGGCUUCCAUCGAGGAGAUUUACAACAGUACCAGCUUUUCCUACCAUAACCCUCCAACUCUCUAUAUCCUCAACAUCACUCAUCCUAGCUGGGCAGCACAGGUGAUUAUCUCACAUGUACUGCUCACACGCAUGCAUGCGCGGAAGCAUGCAGACACACACACACACACACCCACACACACACACACACACACCCACCCACACACACACACCCACACACACACACACACACCACACACACACACACACACACACACACACACCCACACACACACACACACACACACACACACACACACACACACACACACACACCCACCCACACACACACAUAUUAGAUACACGAACAUGUUCUAACUGCUGACUCUUUUUCCACAGGUCCAUAAAAACACAACUGGAGAGUUUGUCCUUAACCAUCUAAAGAACAACAACGUAGAGUACUGUGGCUAUGUGGUCUACACCCCGACUAGAGAACUGCACCGAAAUGCCAGUGAGAGACGUACAUUCUGUGUGACAUUACCAGGUGAGGUCAUUUGGUGUCCCUCAGGGCUCUGUAUGUAUGCCCAAGCUGGUCUCAGAGCAUUUGUUAUUAUUCGUUAUGUAAAUCCGAGACGCUCCAUUUAGUAUAUGUUAAGUUUCGUAUAGUAUUAAUUUGUGGUUGUCCAUCACCCAUUUCGUAUGAUAUGUUACGAAUUGCAAUUCGUAUUAUAUGUUACGAAUUGCAAUUCGUAUUAUAUGUUACGAAUUAGAAAAACGUACAAUAUGUUACGAAUUAGAAAAACUUACAAUAUGUUAUGAAUUUGCAAAACGUACAAUAUGUUACAAAUUUGCUAAACGUAUGAUAUGUUACAAAUGCUAGCUAGGUGGCUAAUGUUAGCUAUCUGGCUAACGUUAGCUAGGCUAGGGGUUAGGGUUAGGGGUUAGGGUUAAGGUUAGGGUUAAGUUUAGGAGUUAGGUUAAAGGGUUAAGGUUAGGGGAAGGGUUAGCUAAAAGGGUUAAGGUUAGGGUUAGGGGAAGGGUUAGCUAACAUGCUAAGUAGUUGCAAAGUAGCUACUAAAAAGUAGUAAAUAGUUGAAAAGUUGCUAAUUAGUUAAAAUGCUCAAGUUUUCCGUGAUGAGAUUCGAACUCGCAACCUUUGGUUAUACGUCCACACAUCCACCCCGACCAACCACCCUACUUUCGUUUUUGCUUUAAGUAACCAUCUGUCUUAUGUAACCAUACCAAAUGUAACAUAUCAUACUAAUUUUAGUGUCCUGGAUUUACAUUUACUAUGUUACGUCUAUGAGACCAGGCUGGUAUGCCUUUCCUUUUUGCCUUUGCUAGUUUUGUUGAAUGAAUCAUCUGUGAAUGCAUUCCUAAAGUAUGAGUAGAGUUUGAGUAACCAUUCUGUCACCAUAAAGAACUUAAAGGCAUACUGUAAAUGCAUUGACUCUAGUUUCACAUUGUUAAGGGUAUUCCUGCUGCCUUUUCAAGGAUUAUAUAAAGGCUCACUUCCUGGAGACAAGACUGAAACUACUGUAUUGCCAGCAUCCUUGAAACUACUGUACUGACUGAUCUCACGGACACGCCCAUGCUUGCUCUAUAGCGCUGGCAAUUUACAACCUAUUGGCCUGUUUCCAAUAGGCUCUGAGAGUGAGGCAGCUGUUUUGCCACUACUGAGGUGUAAUACAAACAAUCUUCUCCCAUCUAGGUGACCUCUGGCUGCUGUUCCCCUGGUUCCUUCUCUUAGGGUGUCUGCUACUUGGUUCCCUCCUGCUACCGGUGGUGGUGUGUCGUCACUAUGUGAAAAAGAAGAUUAACAUGCCAGACGCCUUGGUAAGAAAUGUACAUUGGAGAUUUCCCCAUACAUGAAGGAGUGCCAGGAAAUGUUCCUGUUACUGGAAAUACAGGCCUCCAGGCAAAACUUACAGUAACACGUGCUUGAGAGGCCUCAAUAGGGUGCAACCGAACCUGAGUUUAAUCUCAGCCACAAACACGCAAUACAUUCAGCCCUUUUCUACAGGAACACCUAAACGUAGAACAGGACACAAUGUGUAACAGUAGUUACAAUAAAAUGUUACCUCUUUGCAAUUUACACCUGCACUGUUUUAUGAGGAAAUUAAUUUAACUUUAUCAUCCUUCCUUUUCUCUUUAAAUGACUGCAUUUACUAAUCUUCCCAGAGUUGAAUCUGUUUUAUUACAUUUCCUCUCAUAUGCUGAGAAAUCAUCCCCGUUUAAUCAGUUGUAUCACUGUAAUUUGCAUUUCAUGCCAAGAACUGAAAGCAAUUACAAAAGAUUACAGCAGUGUUGUUUCAGUUGAGCUCAUUUAAUUCUUGCCAUGAAAGUUGUUCAGAAUUGUAAUUGAACAAGUUAAAGAAUCAAAUACAUUUUGGUUUGACAUACAUUGUAACCACUCAGUCAAUGAUUCCAAGGGUUUGGUGGGGUGGAGAGGGGGGUCAUAGAGGUGUUUUAGUAAUAGUUAAGUCAUCUAAAUCCUCUUUCUCUUCUACACAGAAACUGACAACGAGCAACGUCCCACCUCCACCUCCAGAAGCCAUCACCAUCUCCAUUGCCAAGCCGUAUCAUUACCCUGUGGGGUUCUCCUACGGUGACCUGAAGACUGGUAAACUCCAGAUGGGGUCAAAGUUCACCAGCAGUGGGUCUGGGUCCUAUUCCCCCCAGGACGAACCCUCCUCCAUUGCCCAGCCCAGGCACUGUGACACCUACAUGGGCCAGCAGGGUCCACCCCUAGAGCACUCCAACAACAGCACCCAGUCCUCCACCAACUAUAGCAUGGUCGUAGUGCAGGUGGCCAAUGAAGGUGUGGAGGAAGAAUGCCAUCGCCAUCCAGACAGUGAAGACAACAUCAACUCUCCAUGGUCAUCUGAAUCCAGUGACCACAAACUCAUUUGGGUUCAAGGUGGCCCAGUUUUGUUUUCGUGUGGAGCACCACCUGAGCCAAACCGUUGUGUUGGAGACAGGGACUCAACAGGGCACCCCCUGGUACUGCCCACAUUGCGGCGUAUUGACGGCCUACUGCAGUUGUCCACUCUGCUGCUCCAGCCAGAGACACAGAGUGCUGUGGCCAGCCUGGCACUGCCUACCGACGCUGAGGGGCAGCCCCUUUUGUGGGACCUAGACAGCACUGGGCAAGGGGCAUCACUAUUGUCUGACCUGGUCACCACGGGGGAGACAGAGUGGUUGGACCCUGGUACAGGGAGAGAGGAGAAGAGAACAAUAUACACCCCAAUCUCUCCAAUGUGUUUCAAUAACUCCAAUGACUCUCCAUCUCACUCCAUACCUCCCAUCACCCUUGCAGACUGCGAGACCUCAUCAAUGACACUCUUGUCUAGUUACAAACAACACCGGGUACCCCUUGCCCCUCUAGGGCUAACAGCAGAGGAUAGCUUUGGUAUUUCCUCAUAUGCUCCACAACAGGCUUGGACUGAUCAGGAGGAAGAAGAGGAAGAAGGAGAGGAAGAAGGAGAUGAAAGAGGCAGUGAAUUCUUUCUGGGUGGUUGGGUGGUACAAAUUCUAGGAUGAUUGGUUUUCGUUAUUUGCUUCCCUAAAAGAAUCUUAAGGGCCUCUGUGCCUGUUCUUUGCUCUCUUUGGGUCCCCAAAGUAAGUCAGAGACAAGUUCCGUCUCAGCGAGCCUUCACAAAGUGCAGGGAGAAGUUGGAAGGAGCAGAGAGAGGGUUUUGGUGGCGGUGGAGAGUGGGGCUUUCACGGUCCCUCUCCUGCCUGCCAUGGCGCUUGUGAUCCAGCAUCCAGCACAUAUGGCCCCCUCAAUGGAGUCCUACUGAAUCAAAGCUAUCAUUUUGGCCCUUUUUUACAUUAUGACAAAUGUAGGAUGUAGGAUCAAGUGCUGUAAAAUGUAGGAUCAAGGAUAUAGGAUUAUCAAAUGCUGUAAAAUAGAUUUUGUACAUUAUAUUGUGACACUCUUUUACAUUUGCAUAUUUAGCAACAUUUCCAGCAAUAGGCUAGUUCUACCAAUAUAUGUGUGCAUCCAUACACACAUCUUAAUGUACACUAACGUGUUCAUUUAAACCAUAACUGUGAAGUAUUUGUUUCAUUUGAAGAAAUUAAAUGGACAUCCAGGAUUCAAGCUGGGUGGCAUAAGGUAGUAAACAGCCAGUCCUCUUAUGCCAUAAUGUCAAAGGCACAAAGCUUUAAUGUCAGCAUAGUAGUACUUUUGUCUCUUUAUUUAUUGUUUCUUGUUUCAUAGUAUAUGUGUUAUUGUGUUCCACAUUAUAUGCACCACAAUGCUGAAGAAAAUAUGACUGACAUUUUAAUGAGUUUACAGCAACAAUUGAAAUUCACAUCAGCAUUGAAGGUGAUGUACUGUAUAUAUUUCUAAAAUAUUAUUGUCAGAAAUACAAAAAAGGGCAGUGUGAGUUACAUGAGAUAUGUGUCAAAUAACUUUGUUGUGUGUUUUGUCUUCGAAGUGUGUGACCUCAACACUGUCCUGUCAUUAUUUGCUGCACUUUAGAGGUGAUGAAAUUACAGUAGAGGAGACAAAAGGGUUGGUAAUUCUCUACGAGGGUGUGGUGGUUAUGGUACUUUGGUUAGCUACUAACACCAAACAGGGCCUGUAGUAUCUAAGUGAAAAUACCUAUGCAUUUACUACACUUUGAUAUAAUAAUAGGCUAAUAAACUGUUAAAACUGUCAGGUAUUCCUAGUUGAUGCUGUGAUGUGUAUCACAUAUUCAACAUAUAUGUACAGUAUAAUACGGAUUCGUUUUUAUAUGGGUCACUUUUAUAACUAAUAUGAUUGUGAAUUUAAUGUUUUCAUUAAAAGGUAACUAUUGUGUUACUGAAUUGGUUGACCCAUCAUUGCUGUCAAAAAGUACUUCAGAAAACAUGAGCUUCAGUAACAUUAGUAAGCAGGGGAAGUUGAGGGGAAGUCUUGAAGGGCUGACAUAUCAAGUGCUUUUUCUAAGAAUUUCUUGACUUUUAAAAACUAUUAUCGAUUAGUCUAGAUGAGUGGCAGUGUGAAUUACAAGACGUUUCACUGCUGUCUCACUGAAAGUCUCCAGGAGUGUUAUUACUUGUCAUGAGGUCUUAGCCAAACAUAUCAGAUUAACCUCCUUUCCAAGUUCUCGUCCCUCACUGCCAUGUCAACCCAUCAGGUGGUUUAUGCAAACAAGUCAAAGGUCUCAGAAAGAAAUACAGUGUGUCCUCCUCCAUCCAUAUAUAUUAGAUGACUCAAACAAUAAAGUGUCGGCUGGUGGGGUAUUGGACAAAGGUGCAAAAGUACAGUGUGGCUGCCAGUUGCCAGGUUACGGUUUCCAUACAACCAACUGUCGAACAAGGGAAAAUAUAAAAUUGGGAGAAGUUCAGAACCCAUAUUCAUAAAGCAUCUCAGAGUAGUAGCACUAAUCUAGGAUCAGGUCCCUCUGUCCAUAAUAUUGUGUUCAUUCUGAUCUACAGUGGGGGAAAAAAAGUAUUUAGUCAGCCACCAAUUGUGCAAGUUCUCCCACUUAAAAAGAUGAGAGAGGCCUGUAAUUUUCAUCAUAGGUACACGUCAACUAUGACAGACAAAUUGAGAUUUUUUUUCUCCAGAAAAUCACAUUGUAGGAUUUUUAAUUAAUUAAUUUGCAAAUGAUGGUGGAAAAUAAGUAUUUGGUCACCUACAAACAAGCAAGAUUUCUGGCUCUCACAGACCUGUAACUUCUUCUUUAAGAGGCUCCUCUGUCCUCCACUCGUUACCUGUAUUAAUGGCACCUGUUUGAACUUGUUAUCAGUAUAAAAGACACCUGUCCACAACCUCAAACAGUCACACUCCAAACUCCACUAUGGCCAAGACCAAAGAGCUGUCAAAGGACACCAGAAACAACAUUGUAGACCUGCACCAGGCUGGGAAGACUGAAUCUGCAAUAGGUAAGCAGCUUGGUUUGAAGAAAUCAACUGUGGGAGCAAUUAUUAGGAAAUGGAAGACAUACAAGACCACUGAUAAUCUCCCUCGAUCUGGGGCUCCACGCAAGAUCUCACCCCUGUGGGGUCAAAAUGAUCACAAGAACGGUGAGCAAAAAUCCCAGAACCACACGGGGGGACCUAGUGAAUGACCUGCAGAGAGCUGGGACCAAAGUAACAAAGCCUACCAUCAGUAACACACUACGCCGCCAGGGACUCAAAUCCUGCAGUGCCAGACGUGUCCCCCUGCUUAAGCCAGUACAUGUCCAGGCCCGUCUGAAGUUUGCUAGAGUGCAUUUGGAUGAUCCAGAAGAGGAUUGGGAGAAUGUCAUAUGGUCAGAUGAAACCAAAAUAGAACUUUUUGGUAAAAACUCAACUUGUCGUGUUUGGAGGACAAAGAAUGCUGAGUUGCAUCCAAAGAACACCAUACCUACUGUGAAGCAUGGGGGUGGAAACAUCAUGCUUUGGGGCUGUUUUUUCUGCAAAGGGACCAGGACGACUGAUCCGUGUAAAGGAAAGAAUGAAUGGGGCCAUGUAUCGUGAGAUUUUGAGUGAAAACCUCCUUCCAUCAGCAAGGGCAUUGAAGAUGAAACGUGGCUGGGUCUUUCAGCAUGACAAUGAUCCCAAACACACCGCCCGGGCAAUGAAGGAGUGGCUUCGUAAGAAGCAUUUCAAGGUCCUGGAGUGGCCUAGCCAGUCUCCAGAUCUCAACCCCAUAGAAAAUCUUUGGAGGGAGUUGAAAGUCCGUGUUGCCCAGCAACAGCCCCAAAACAUCACUGCUCUAGAGGAGAUCUGCAUGGAGGAAUGGGCCAAAAUACCAGCAACAGUGUGUGAAAACCUUGUGAAGACUUACAGAAAACGUUUGACCUGUGUCAUUGCCAACAAAGGGUAUAUAACAAGGUAUUGAGAAACUUUUGUUAUUGACCAAAUACUUAUUUUCCACCAUAAUUUGCAAAUAAAUUCAUUACAAAUCCUACAAUGUGAUUUUCUUGAUUUUUUUUUCUCAUUUUGUCUGUCAUAGUUGACGCGUAGCUAUGAUGAAAAUUACAGACCUCUCUCAUCUUUUUAAGUGGGAGAACUUGCACAAUUGGUGGCUGACUAAAUACUUUUUUCCCCACUGUAAAAGGCUGAUCCUAGAUCAGCACUCUUACUCUGAGAUGCAUUAUGAAUUCAAACAUGUCAUACUGCUGAACGAUUAAUUCUCUAGCUGCUCUUGGGGAAAACUUUUCCAGGAAUUUCAUAACUAAGCCACAUUCAUUCUGAUACUUUAAAAAAAAAAGGUGUCCUAACGUAAAUCUCCUGGGCCCUGACAUAAUUCACUCAAAUCUACUUUGGCCCUGGUGUCGGAAAUCUAAUUUGACACCAGCUUUUCUGCAGUGAGAAACUGGAGAGGCAAACAUUACUUGUAAUAAUUGAGUGGAUUUAAUUGCUAAUUAGCGUAACGUUGGCGACUGGACUUGAGGGGGACUUGAGGGGAACUUUAUUAAUGUGGUUCUGCUGUGCUGAAGGGGGUCUUGCCUCCAGACCUCAUUUGGAAGUAUGUGAAGUCCCCUUCAUGCAGCUAUUAGCCAUUGAGGUGUUCUCAUUUAGAUGAAGCACAGGGCAAAGUUAUAUUUCUAAGAAAAUGUACUUCCUUCCCGAGGUUUUGCGUUGCUGGGGUGGUGUAUAUAAAACUAGGCUACACUGCAUUACCAGCCUGGUCACCAGUGAAACAAGUCAGUAUUCGACGUCCAUCCAUAUCUGAGAAUGUCGGGAGAUUACGUGGAAACCGGCCACUAGGGGCAACAGUGAGUGCUGUUUCCAAAGGUUGCAUGUUCGAAUCCUAGGGAUAGAAAGUUGUUUUAGAUAUUUUUGUUUUAAGCCUAUACCAAACCUUAACCCUUACCUUAACCAUUCAGAGUUAAUGCCUACCCUUAAGAAUUUGGAGUUAAUGCCUGAACUUAACCCUAACCUUAAAAAUUCAGCAUUUAAACCUAACCUUAAAGACUUUGAAAUUUGAGGUUUAGAACAACUUCAAAAUUUGACGUUUGAGAAACGUGGAUGAACGUCUAAUUCUGACGUGAAAUUGUGAGAGCUGGUAGCAUUACACACUGCAAUGGAUAGGCUAUCACAAUCAUGAGCCCUGGCCUGCCCUGCUCUUGCUAAUGUAAAGCCCUGUUGUGCUGCCUAACCAAUGGAUGUGCUGUGUACGGUGACACUUCAGGAGGCUAGUCAAAGGCUUCUUCCAAAAUUAAUGUUUUAUUUGUCAAGAAAAUGCAAUAUCUGUGCAUGCAGACUAGGCCUGUUGAUGUCCAGUUCAGUUGGAGAGGGAGAUCGUGAAGAUGAGAAGGAGGACCGGAGGUAAGCUUGCUACUGCUAUAAUUGAUUUUAAUAAAAACAAUAUGUUUAAUUGCCCAUAAAGCUAUUUAUCAGAGUUAUAGACCUCACAAUAAGCCAUAUUCAAGUAAUUUACAUAAAUUACAUUUCUAUGAAGUGGUAACCACGGAGAUGCAAAGUGCAUAGGUGCUGAAAGUAGGCUAAUUCGAGAAGGCCUAAUUAAUUUAAACAGUCAUCAUUUAAAUUUGACUUUAGGCUACUAACAAUAGGGCUUUAUGUUGGAGACUAUUUCUUCCUAUUCAAGACAUACGAGGUAGCCCUACCUGUUUGACAGACAAAACUAUAGUCUACUAUCCAUAGAGUUUGUCAACCAAUUCCAUUGGUGUCAGUGAAGGGCUUGGUGUGUUUAUUAAGAGUCUAUUGACCCGUGCGUCAAUCUAAUUAACACAUUUAAAAAUCCCCAUCAAAAUGCAUCAGUUUAAGCUAGAGAUAUCUGUUUUUUUGCAUGGGCUGCGUCUCAAUCCACCACAUCCGCCUAUGUUGGCCUUCCGCAUCUUUGGUGGAAAGUGGAAGAGCUACAGACCAAGAGACUUCCCGAAAAUCGGUCUUCUCACGAAAACAUCUGUAGUGUCCGAACGGUUUGGCCUACUAACUAAUAUGACCACUCUAUGGAAAUAUGAGACUCAGGAGCAUGAUGGUGUUCCCCGUUUUGCUCUACGACCCCCACAAGUGUCAAGGGACGCGUCUGAAGGUAACCCGGUACUGGUUGAAAAUUUUUAUUGAAGUAUGGAGGUAGUUUUGUGCCAACAAAAAAAGGGGUUAAAUAUGUGUCCAAAACACAAAAAUAUUUCCAGAGCUUUCUAAUAUCUCCUAGAUAUAGGAUAUACACUUCAAAACCUUUUUCCUUAUGAUAUAUUUUUCAACUGACUGUUUUGCCAUUGAUGAAUGUGUUAUUCAAUGUGUUUCUAUGAGGUACAGUAGUAAAGGCCAAAUUCAAUAGAUACAUGGUAUGACCAUCCUAAAACAAUUCCAUAUGUUAGCUUAGUAUUACAUGUUAAAGAAAAUGGCUAAAAGCAUAGGCCUACCCCUUGAUAAUUUAAGAUUAAAAAGAAAUGAUGGACCUGAUUAUAUAAAGCGAUAUAAAAAGACGCUUUAGUCUGCAAUGCUUUAUGCUAGAAACAACCUGUAAAAUGAAGGGAAAGACGUGAUGCAUAUGUGAUAUCUUUGGUUUAUUGCUAUGACAUUCAGAGGCUGCGCUACAACCUUCUAUAGCCGACUAGUCAAAAAAUAUACUUUGCUUGGAAAGUAAUGUGUGAUUCUGUCAAUCAAUUGAUGUUCAACAUUUCAAUAGGGUAUUAAAUAACAUACUAACUCUAAAUCUGUCAGGAGCAAGCCAGGUAGCCUAAGAAGGAACAAACAUGUAUUAUUUAGGCUUUAUUAUUAUUACUUCAAGGCUAUAGGCUGUCAUUUAAGAAAUACAUUGUGAAGCAUUUGUGACACACUAGAGCCUGGCAGGAGUGUUCAGCAUUUCAACAACACAUCAACAACAGCACUUCAACAACACAUCAACAACAGCAUUUCAACAACACAUCAACAACAACACAUCAACAACAGCACUUCAACAACACAUCAAGAACAGCACUUCAACAACAUGCCUAGAAAUGUAGCAUUUAGGCUCUAUAAAAUGAAAGAAAAAAUACAAAAAUACUUAGAGUUAAAUAAUAAUUAAAUGAAAAAUGUCUUAUUAGGCCAUACAUUGCCUUUGAAUUAACUUUUAGAAACACGAGUUUGGCCAGUCUUUGGUUUGAGGAUCAUGCGGUGAGCUAUGCAUGCUAAUUUAUCCUAGCAGAUGCGCUUAAAUUCCCAAGCCCUAAUCACAGUCAACACACAUCUAUUUUGUAACGAACAAUAUCAUGGAAUAAAAUAGAAAAAAAAAUUCCAAAAUUAAAAGUGCAUAUAGGCCUAUCUGAUGAUACAGUGGGGAAAAAAAGUAUUUAGUCAGCCACCAAUUGUGCAAGUUCUCCCACUUAAAAAGAUGAGAGAGGCCUGUAAUUUUCAUCAUAGGUACACGUCAACUAUGACAGACGAAAUGAGAAAAAAAAAUCCUGAAAAUCACAUUGUAGGAUUUUUAAUGAAUUUAUUUGCAAAUUAUGGUGGAAAAUAAGUAUUUGGUCAAUAACAAAAGUUUCUCAAUACUUUGUUAUAUACCCUUUGUUGGCAAUGACACAGGUCAAACGUUUUCUGUAAGUCUUCACAAGGUUUUCACACACUGUUGCUGGUAUUUUGGCCCAUUCCUCCAUGCAGAUCUCCUCUAUGCAGUGAUGUUUUGGGGCUGUCGCUGGGCAACACAGACUUUCAACUCCCUCCAAAGAUUUUCUAUGGGGUUGAGAUCUGGAGACUGGCUAGGCCACUCCAGGACCUUGAAAUGCUUCUUACGAAGCCACUCCUUCGUUGCCCGGGCGGUGUGUUUGGGAUCAUUGUCAUGCUGAAAGACCCAGCCACGUUUCAUCUUCAAUGCCCUUGCUGAUGGAAGGAGGUUUUCAUUCAAAAUCUCACAAUACAUGGCCCCAUUCAUUCUUUCCUUUACACGGAUCAGUCGUCCUGGUCCCUUUGCAGAAAAACAGCCCCAAAGCAUGAUGUUUCCACCCCCAUGCUUCACAGUAGGUAUGGUGUUCAUUGGAUGCAACUCAGCAUUCUUUGUCCUCCAAACACGACGAGUUGAGUUUUUACCAAAAAGUUAUAUUUUGGUUUCAUCUGACCAUAUGACAUUCUCCCAAUCCUCUUCUGGAUCAUCCAAAUGCACUCUAGCAAACUUCAGACGGGCCUGGACAUGUACUGGCUUAAGCAGGGGGACACGUCUGGCACUGCAGGAUUUGAGUCCCUGGCGGCGUAAUGUGUUACUGAUGGUAGGCUUUGUUACUUUGGUCGCAGCUCGCUGCAGGUCAUUCACUAGGUCCCCCCGUGUGGUUCUGGGAUUUUUGCUCACCGUUCCUGUGAUCAUUUUGACACCACGGGGUGAGAUCUUGCGUGGAGCCCCAGAUCGUGGGAGAUUAUCAGUGGUCUUGUAUGUCUUCCAUUUCCUAAUAAUUGCUCCCACAGAUGAUUUUUUCAAACCAAGCUGCUUACCUAUUGCAGAUUCAGUCUUCCCAGCCUGGUGCAGGUCUACAAUUUUGUUUCUGGUGUCCUUUGACAGCUCUUUGGUCUUGGCCAUAGUGGAGUUUGGAGUGUGACUGUUUGAGGUUGUGGACAGGUGUCUUUUAUACUGAUAACAAGUUCAAACAGGUGCCAUUAAUACAGGUAACGAGUGGAGGACAGAGGAGCCUCUUAAAGAAGAAGUUACAGGUCUGUGAGAGCCAGAAAUCUUGCUUGUUUGUAGGUGACCAAAUACUUAUUUUCCACCAUAAUUUGGAAAUAAAUUCAUUAAAAGUCCUACAAUGUGAUUUUCAGGAUUUUUUUUUCUCAAUUUGUCUGUCAUAGUUGACGUGUACCUAUGAUGAAAAUUACAGGCCUCUCUCAUCUUUUUAAGUGGGAGAACUUGCACAAUUGGUGGCUGACUAAAUACUUUUUUCCCCCACUGUAUGUGGCUGCUGUGUUAAAAAACAAAUGGCUUUUUCUUAAAUUCAUUGAUGAUCAGAUACUUCAGUUGUAACUGGUUCUGUUGCGCUACAUUUUUACAGUUGAUAGACAACUUUAGCACUGUUCCAAACUUAGACUAUCCUAUUUUUUAACAAUAGCCUUUAUACAAAUCAGAAUGUCUCCAGUGCUGCAGCACCCGCUCAUUCGUUGUCAUGCUUUGUUGUGGUAUUAUAACAGAUUCUGCUUGUCUCCAGUCAUGUAAAAUGACAUAGAAUUACAUGAAAUGCAUUUAUAAAAGGCUAUUUUUUCUCGGACCGCAAAUAAGAUGAUAGAUUCAUGCAGUGCUUUUAUUAUAAUGAAGAUCUUUUCACCCCUACCCUUGUCCGCGGUGGUCUGCAAAUCCACAACCUUCUGGCUAUUUUGCCAUGUAAUUCUUACAAAAUGAAGAGCAGUGUCUAAAACUGCAUAGGCCUAUCUAAGGUUCUGGUCUGUCCUAGGAGUAAGGGUAAAUGGUAGGCAUGCUCUCUGCUAUCCAAUUUAUGUUUUCAUUAUUAUUUUGGGUACAGGGGAGGGUCACUUUAUUUUAAGUGUUCAGGGAGAAUCGGGUAAAAAUAUCUUUAAGAGGACCAUCCAUUUCAGAGAGGUCCAGUUUUCUCCAGGUAUCCCUCAUUAUAAAUAACAGUCCCUUGAGGGAGCUUCGUGAUAAUGAAUCAGACAAACAGGACAUACAACAGAGAGGUUCAGGAAAAAUAAAUAGUGGUAGUGAAAGAGACUGUAACCUUCCUGACAAUGUGAGCGGGGGAGUAAGGAUAGAGGACACUGCCCAGCCCCUUGGCGGGUAUUGCAGACUUUUAUUUUUACUUUGACUGUUUCCUUUGGACAGAUGUCCAAACCAUUGAAACUGUGUUCACUUGCAACAACACUCUGACAGAAACUCCACUGUAUCUGUCAGACAGUCCCUCAACACAUGCUCUCCUGCCCCCUUCUCUCCAUAUCCAAGAAGAAAAGAGAGAAAAUUGCAGUGAUGACCCUCUGGUCUCUUCUAACAUACAGUAGUUUCCGAUUCUCCAAGAACUUUCUGAGCGGAUCCCAAUAGAGCUCUUUGAAUAAAGUGCAAAUUGCAUUUCAAACUGAAUUGAAAAGUGUUACCGCCUGCCCUCGAUCAAUGAAUAUAUUGAUGCGGUGAGAGUUUUACUCACCUAGAAAGAAUUUUCAGGUAUUAAUAACCUGAUGUUAGCUCGUACUGACCCAAGCACAGGAUCAUAUUUAUAUCAACCUCUCCUCACAAACAAAACAGCCAGCUGGAAAGGCCAGCGUUGUAUUUUUCAAAAGGUGCAACCAGGAGACGAUUGAUGGAAAAUAAAGAGGUUAUCUAAGAGAAAUACAGUUCCUUAUACUUUUUUUCUCUUUGGCGUUUCAUAACUUAACUUCAUAUUAUGUGAAGAGUACUUAAUAGUUCCUUUGGGAGUUGAACUCUAAACCUUUCCUUCCAAAUUUCUAUUUUUGAGAGUGGGCAUUUUGAUGGGCUCACUUACCGUAUUCUCUGAUCUGAGGCAAAAGGCAGCCUCUGAAAAAGAUACAGCUUGACGGGGGGAAAACUCAUUUCCUUUGAAGCAAUGAAAAUCUUGUCAACUAAUGUUUGAAGACUUUGAUGGGACUAAACAAGGGGAACGGGUCAAUUUUGGUAUCUUUUACAACUCACUAUCACCCCAAUAUUCUCUCUUUCUUGGCAGUGGCUAUCUUUUUUUCUAGUUCCUCACAUUAGGUUCUGCUCAGAUAAGGUGGACCAAUUUAGCUUGCUCCAUUUAAAUAUAUGCUUGGCUUGUUGCUAAUGAAGUUUUGCUCUGAUCUGAAAGUUUGAUUGAGGAGCAAGCUGGAUCCUUUAACUCUGUUUCUCACACAGUUGCCUGAUAUGAUGGCAAGACGCCAUUAAACUUUGCCCAUGAAAAUAUAAUGCUAAUGCUAAUUAGCAAUGCUUAUGACAGUGUUAUUUUGAAUGGCAAUUUGACGUCUUUCAACAACUACAAAAACAAACACACAGGAUGUGAAGCCUCAUCUCUGGUAGCCUAUGGUUGGUAAGUUAAUUAGGUUGUAGAUAUAGAGCAAUGUUUUGUUUACAAGCAAAAUACAUGUUCGAGUAAUGUACGUGCAUGCUCGCAAAAAAAAAGCCCUGUAGCAGAUAGCUAUACACUGAUGUCGGGAUCUUGACAAACUUAGCAGUGAGUGAGUCAUGACCAUGAAAACACACAGAUAUGCUCAACAUGUAUAUUAUUAUUCUGGCUUUAUCUAGCUCAAUUUGUGAUAUUGUACCUUGCCUCGUUGGCUUGCUAGCUUGCUAGGUAAUCAAUCCUCAAAAGACAUCUGCGAUGUUGUAAUGUAGAUGAUAACCAACUGAUUACGUGUUUGCUAACUUCCAUGAGCUGCAUCUGAAUUUGGACGUGAUCGUCUUGACUUCCAUGGAAACAAACCACUUUCUGAUUCGGAACUGCGCUUGCAACAUUUCAUGACGUAGCCGGGAAACAGGUCUAUAGGCAGGCAUGUACAGUGUGCUGACCUUGCAAAGCCUGUGUUUCUAGUUCUUAUUAGCCCUAACAAGAAUGUUUCACAUGUACUACAAUACUAUGCACCACGCAUGAAGUAGGGAAGGUUUUGCAGCACCCAGGAUAUAUUUUUACCCAGAGUGAACAGUAAUUGAUCUAAUUGUCUUACACUGAGCAGCCUCUUCCUGCUUCCCCCCAUCUGAGGCCCACACUUUGUCCCUGCGAACUCACAUCCUCCAAAUGACACUUCCUCCCAUCACCCCCUUGCAUUUUAAUGAGGUCUUAAUGGGUUUUUGAUUAGAAAAUUAAUGUAAACAGCUGCCAUGGCUGGCCGGAAAUGAUGGAUCUUCUCAGAGUACUUUUGCAUCUAUUAAGGUCUAUUUCUGUUGCUUUUGCAAGUGUCUGAAAAGAUGAAAGCAACGUUUAUUUGGAAUACAGCUGGAGCAGUUUACUUGAGGAAGAGGAGGAUGUUGAGUGCCAUCUUGACAGUGGAUGGGUGCCAUAUUGGAGAGAGUUGUAAAAGAGGGGAGUUGUAGGACCACUAACUCAUUUAUCAACAUGGUCUCAUUAGAAUGUCAAAAUAGUGGCAUUUAACCAUUGUAGCUAUACAGUAUGUCACCUAAGCUGACAUAUUAGUUAUGUGUCACCUAAAUUGGCAUAUCACUUGUAUGUUACUACAAUGGUGUGUUUAUGACAUUACUGACUGACUGAUCACUGGUUUGUAUGGUAAGGGGAACCAAAUCCUCCAUUACAACAGGAACUAAUAAAGCUGGUCUCUUCAGCUGCUUUGUUCUGGCAGUGGCAGUCCAGUUAUUCUUAGUCAGACUGUCACUGGUGGUAUAUGAUGAGAAGAGGGGGCUGGCAAGUCCAGCUUGCAUUGUUUACUGAUAUGCCAGAGGCAGGUGUGGACAGUAAAUGCUUAUAAAUAACCCCCCAACCUGACACACAAAGAGAUGGCCUUGGAUGAAGCCUCUUAGUGUCUUUUUAAACCUUAUCACUCAGCAUUGAACCAUCUGAACACACACAUGCAUACAUGCUUGUGCACGCACAAACGCACACACAUGCACACACACUAGAGCUGGACGAUAAACCAAAAAUGAUCGACACCGACCAUACCAAUCACUUAUCGCAGGCAUUUUGCUGAUAUCGUUCAUUAUUUCAGUAGCCUAUACUAGAGAAAUGUGAAGUUUGAAAUUAAAUACGUUUGCUAGUAUGGGUGUUCUUAAUGGUACAGUUGAUGGCUACAACCAUCAAGCUAGUAGUUAAAAGGAUCAUUUAAAUAAAAAUGUGGUGUACAUUAAUGUUAGAAAUGUAUCUUUCUAUUUCUCGUUAACACACACACACUCGCUCUGUUUCUCUCUCUCUCUCUCUCUCUCUCUCUCUCUCUCUCUCUCUCUCUCUCUCUCUCUCUCUCUCUCUCUCUCUCUCUCUCUCUCUCUCUCUCUCUCUCUCUCUCUCUCUCUCUCUCUCACUGUCUCAGCCAGUCUGAGCUCCAUGUUUAAUGAGACAGAACAGUGGACAAGCUCCAGGGACAAAUCAGAGAUCACUGUAAAAGGAGACAGAGAAGAGAGGGGGAGUGAGGGAGGAGGGGAAGAAAGAGAGAAACUUGGAUUAGGGGAGGGACAAAGUUGAGACAGUGAGUGGAGAGGGGAGGGAGAUACAGGCAGAAAAGGGGGGUUGAUAGAGAAAGAAAUUGACAGAAAAGUAGUCUGAGAGAUAAAGGGAGAGGUUUGAAAGGAGGACUGGGAUGGCUGGAUCUCAGGUGCGCCCUUAAUCAUGAAUAACCCUAUAACCCUUGUUCUUUGGGAGGGUGUUCAAGGCCAGUCUUUCAAAAGGAGAGACCCAGACUGUUUUAUCUAGGCUCUUUCUUUACCCAUCUCCUCCUUGGUCUCAAUUAUGAGACAAGGCCAUUAUGGGGCCAGAUGAAAAGGAACAAAGAGAAUGGACUAGCCCCUACCCUGUGAAUGUUCAACUAACAAUACAUGUAGGAUAAUCUGGUUAUAUAGACACAUUCACUAUAAAAAGUCAACCAUAUAUUCACACUCAUCCCAACAUGACAGUUACUGAUCAGACAGUUGGUGGAAUACCCUAGGCAUAAUUUCCACUGUGGCCAUUCCAGCUGUUGCUUUCAGCUGCCCAGAUCAUACAGUACAGUCCACUCAAUCCUCAAUCCUCAAUCCUAUUGUGUUGUUCUAUUGUUGCUACUGUGGGGGCACCGAAGGGGGCGUGUUAGCAGUCUAUAUUUAACACCUUGAGUGCAUUGUGUUGGGCCACAUUCUCUUCGUGAAGGACACUUUGUGGCCAGGGCCAGAUUCACCUUCACUGCUCAUACAGGGAGAGGCAGAGCAAGGAGCAAGGGAGAGAACGUGAGACAGCAAUUGAGAGGGACAGACAGUGAAAGGUGACAGGGGACAUAGAGAGAGAGAAAGAGAGAGAGAGAGAGAGAGAGAGAGAGAGAGAGAGAGAGAGAGAGAGAGAGAGAGAGAGAGAGAGAGAGAGAGGGAGAGAGAGAGAGAGAGAGAGAGAGAGAGAGAGAGAGACGUGUGUCCUUCAUGCUCAUCUUGAAGGCCUGUUGAGUAUAACCCUUUCUUCAAAGACAAACGUAAGUGGCUUUUUAAUUCACCCUUGCGGUACACCGUGAUGUCAUGAUGUAAUCACUUCCUGUUUUCUUUCCAACGCAGUCUCAUCCACAAGGACGUGUUAUGGAUACUUUACAAGGGUCAUAAACGUCACAUGAAUAUACAGUGAAAGCCAAUACCGGGAAAGUAACCCAAUGGCAAUUAGCAUCUGGUGACUUAAUAAGUAAAGGAGAAUGAUGGACCCUUGUAUAGCCAAAGGCAUUGGUGUAAAGUACUUUAGUAAAAAUACUUUAAAGUACUACUUAAGUAGUUUUUGGGGGUAUCUGUACUUUACUUUACUAUUUCUAUUUUGGACAACUUUUCCUUUUACUUCACUACAUUCCUAAAGAAAAUAAUGUACUUUUUGCUCCAUACAUUUUCUCUGACACCAAAAGUACUCGUUACAUUUUGAAUGCUUAGCAGGACAGGAAAAUGGUCCAAUUCACGCCCUUAUCAAGAGAACAUCCCUGGUCAUCCCUACUGUCUCUGAUCUGGCAGACUCACUAAACACACAUGCUUCAUUUGUAAAUUAUGUCUGAGUGUUGGAGUGAGCCCCUGGCUAUCCGUAAAUUAAACAAAACAAGAAUAUGGUGCGGUCUGGUUUGCUUAAUAUAAGGAAUUUGAAAUGAUUUGUGCUUAUACUUUUACUUUGAUACUUAAGUAUAUUUAAAACCAAAUCCUUUUAGGCAUUUACUCAAAUAGUAUUUUACUGGAUGACUUUCACUUUUACUUGAGUCAUUUUCUAUUAAGGUAUCUUUACUUUUACUCAAGUAUGACAAUUGGGUACUUUUUCCACCACUGGCCAAUGGGAUGGCAUAUGUGUUUCCGAUUUUUUUAAACUAUGUUUCAGUGUUUGUAUUAUUUCUUAAUUUUUCCUCAAAUUCAUGUGGUAGAACGUCCUCCUCUUCCUCCAUGAAGUAGCCUCAUCUGGCCUCCAUAUGCAAAUAAUGCAUGUUACUAUACUGCUGAGCUUUGCAUACUCUAGGAUAUUUCCUUUUGUCUGCAUGAGAUAAGUCUUUCUUUGCUGGUUCCUCAAGUUGGUUGAGUGUCAAAAGACUACGAUCAGGUAAAGCUCUCAUGUGGUGUUCAGACAAUCCAUGAUCUACCAAAUAACAAAUAAUUCAUCCCCAUGUUGCUUUAUUGUCUUUUCUCAUCAGAGAAUUGGACUGUGCAGUCUACUUCAAGACACAGGGGAAACUGCACUGUGAGCAGAAAGAACAUUGCUCUCCACGGGGUCCGGGUAUCCAGUCACACACCAGUUAAGACAGAUACAUUUGAAUAUGCUGGAGGUUGACCUUUUUACCACCUGUGUUCAAACAACCCUUUUGUCUUGCACGACAAUGAGCUGUGAAGGGAAACCAAUGGGGCUGCUAGCCUGUUGAAGCGUUAGCCAUUAGCCAUUUGCUAACAUCAGACCAGCAGGCUCACCGCAAUGUAAUUCAAAGCAUUAAAGCGUUAGGCACUAGCCACUCGCUAACGUUAGCCCAGGCCAUCCAAUUUAAUUCGAACAGACCAGAAGGAAAAACAAAUUAGGGUGUUUAUAAUGCUAACACGCUAACACGGGUGAUGGUUGCUUGUGGGAGUGGGUAAAUGAACUUAUCACUCAGGCUCUGGCCUGGUUCUGUUGGUUGGGCGAGCUGCAGUGUCGGCCUCCCCAGAGCAGAGAGAGAUUAAUGACUGCUAGGGUGGCAGGCAGCAGCAUGGUGGCAGACCUGAACUAAUUAAUAAUAAUUCGCUCAAUGGUCCACAAAGGGACAGUUCAUUUAACAGAGGCCUGAAGCACACCUUUCUCCAUGCCAGCAACACCUGUCUUUACUUCAAACAUAAACAACUCAUUGGAUUGUGUUGUUGUUGUGCUACUAUGAAAUGAGGAAAUGUCUUUCAGUUGCUCACUGGAACGCUUGUAGCUCUGCCUACUAUGAUAUUACAUAUUUUGGAUGCAUUUCCAUUGACACCUGGCUAUUUGAGAUCCACCAUGAGCACAAUUACUAUGGUCUUAAAUUGACAUAUUCCUCACAAUAAAAGUGAAAAGAGAUCUUUGUAGCAUUCCUUUCCGAGUCUCCAUCAGGUCAACCCUCAGAGUGGUCCUACUGUGCAAUGACAGAUCCUCCAUCCUACUCCCUUCAUCCCUCCCUCAUCUCUCCUACCUCCUUCCUCCACAGGUGUUGGUCAGGGGUUCACCAUGGCAACCAAGAUGCUGACGACACGGGUCCAGGAGGAGCAGUCCCACCAGAUGUCUCACAGCAUGGCGCUGGCCUCGCAGAUCAAGAAGAAGACCUUCACCUCCAGGUAA